UCUGGGGGGAGGGAUGUGUUUGUGUGUAACUGUGUCUGUGCAUGGUGUGUGUCUCUGUUUGUAUGCAUCAUUCUUGCCACUUUUACUGCCAUUUCCCCCCCUGAAGCCAACUCCACUUUACUUCCCAGCCAGGGCACAGAUGCCCUUUGCCCUCCCAAUCCCCAUGCCCAUGAGUGUUUGAAUAACACAAGACAACAGGAGUGAAUUUGAGGCUGAGCACCCAUAGCGGCAAAACCCUCAACCCCACAAAAAGGCCACAAAAAUCGUGAUCCAGAUCAAAACUGCUAAUCUUCCAACUAAGCCCAGCCCAGUGUCACAGAAGAGAAGAGGGUGAGACUUGGCUGGAUGCAGGGUGGAAGUUGUGAAAGUUUGUUUCACUUUCCUUCUCGGGACACUGCUCCCUGCCCGUUGUCUCAGGGCAAAAAGUUAGCAUGGCAAAGACCCUGAGAGACCAUCUGUUCGACACCAUUAGAGAGCUGGGCGAGUCGGACAUGAAGGCGUUUAAAGACAAGCUGAACAAUUUCCAGCCCAAGCCAGGUUAUAACCAUAUCAAAUGGGGAGAGCUGGAAAAAGCAGACGCUGUAGCAAUCACUCGCCUGCUAGUCAACUACUACAAGGAGGAUUAUGCGGUGGAAGUGGCCAGGAAGAUGCUGGAGGACAUGGACAAGAAGAACCUGGCACAUAACCUCUUCCAGGCCACAGGGAAGGCUCCAGGUGGCACCCAGCAGACCCCAGCACCAACCAGCAGCACCCGGACCAGAGUCAUAGCAGGUGUAGCCGCCCCCAUGCUCAUGGAAUAUAGGCCAGGUUCGUCCAGGGCUGGAGACUCAGGAGACAAGAUAGUCCUACGAUAACAUUGAGUUCUGCGCCGAAGGCUUCGCAGCUGACGUGGCGCAGUGAAAGAGAUGGUUAACACUGGAAUGAAGACCGUGCCCUGCUGCUCUACCAGCUCCCGAUGGCCAAGGAAACCCGGAGCCUUUUCAGAGUCAUACCAACUGGCCAGGAUAUUGCAUUCCAUAUUUUUGGUCAAUAAAACAAUUGCCUCUCUUUAAUACAGAGAA